AUGUGGUUACUUACACCUACAACAAAGAUAAUACCAAGAAAAAGUGCGUUAUCAAAAAAGUUUUUGACAAAAAACAGAAUGAAAAUCAAAAAUAUUCUAUUACACUUGGUCUCAAUUAUAACGAUACUACUG